UUACUUUGAUGAAUGCCCAACCAACAUGACCAUGUUAGUCAACAUACCACUAUCUCCAAUAAAGCAAAUUAAAGAAAACAAAAGAGAAGAACAAAGAAAAAGCAAAGCAAAAGGAAACAGAACCCACAAGAAACAGAAAAAAACUAAACUAAGCAUUCUCCUUCUUUAUUUCUUAUUAUCUGGUCCAUUUUUCCUAUCUGAAAUAACCACAGUGCUCUUAGUCCCAUGUAUAGUAAGAGUCUUUUGGACAACGAAAAAUUGGUUCCAGUAAGUGAUCCAAGAAAUUCGGUACCAUAUAUGAGCACUAGGGAUUGUUCUCAAGGAUUUUGCAGUUAUUACUGCCCACAAUGGUGUUACAUAAUUUUCCCUCCACCACCUCAAUUUGACUUCCCUGAUGAUGAAGAUGAUUCUAGUCCUAAUUUCUCUCCUCUAGUUAUCGCGAUCAUCGGAAUUCUUGCUAGUGCUUUCCUAUUAGUUAGCUACUAUACCAUAAUAUCAAAGUAUUGUGGGAAUUCAAGAAGAAGGGAAAGUCAUCAAGAAGAAUCAGAAUUAGAAGAGGAGGAUCAUGACCCGUCUAAUCAUGAGGCAUGGAAUGUUAGUGCUGGUGGUUUAGAUGAAGCACUGAUCAAUUCUAUUACAGUCUUCAAGUACAAGAAAUGUGAUGGAUUAUUGACUGAAAAAACAGAUUGUUCUGUUUGUUUAAGUGAAUUUCAAGAAGAUGAAAGUCUUAGGCUUUUGCCUAAAUGUAGCCAUGCUUUUCAUGUAAUGUGCAUUGAUACAUGGCUUAAAUCUCACUCCAAUUGCCCGUUAUGUCGGGCUCAUAUAACUUUUUCAAAUGCUUCGCCUCCUCCAUUACCUCCUCCGGUAAUGGAAGCUCCGCGAGAAAUUGAAAUAGCUCCACCAAUCCAACCUGAACAUGACAUAGAAUUGGGCAUUAGAGAGGAGGAAACACGAGACGAAGAAGAAAAAGAAGAAGAAGAUGUAACAAACCAAAACCAUAUGAAUCAAGAAGUUAGGAGGAGAUCAUUAUCAAUGGAUUAUGCAUCUCAACGUCGUUUAUCAAUAGCUGAUGUAUUAAGAAUUGAUCACGACGAAUUUCAUGAUUGUGUAACGGGAGAAGAAGAUUGCGAGUUGGAAAGAGAUGUUGGAACAUCAAAACAAAAAAACAAUGGGGAAGAAAUGAGUAAGGGUGGAAUUAGAAACAAUUCACUAGUACAAUAUUGUGUAGCAAGUCCAAUGGUGAUGAAGAGAUCAUUAUCCAGUGGGAGAUUCUUGUUUACCAAAUGUGGGAGAGGACAAAACAUGGCUAUUCCAUUGUCAAAUGUUUGAAUAUAUUUUGUGCCAAUUUUUAGGACGAUUUGUCUAUGCUAUUGAACAAAGAGUUGAUUAAACAUGAUGACUUUGAAAGUU